AGCCAUCCAAGAUCCAACGUGCGUGUUCAUAACCUCCCAGUUCAUGCAUGUUUGCAGUGCUGCGUUUUUAAAGAACACGUUUGUUUUUAUCAUCUGAUCGUAAACAAGUUUUUAUCCGUUUCGCCGGGAGGAUGCAAAACCCUGAGGAGACCGGUGGUAAGAUAAUCACUGUAAUCGAAGAGGGUCAAGCCCGGAUUGAAACCGCUGGCAAUGUGUUCUGCAAUCCGGUGCAAGAGUUCAACCGGGAUCUGAGCAUCUCUGGGCUGAACGCGUUCAGUCGCGUUUAUGCCAAAGAAAAAGAAAAGCCUGGUAAAAUCAAAGACAAUAUACCAAUUGUCCUCAAAAAGGAGGAGUAUCGAUUUGAGGCCGGCAAGAAAUAUGAGAAUGGGUUGAGUAUUCUUGAAGCUCUCUCAGCCACUGGCUUGAGGAGCAUUCGCUAUGCUAAAGAAGUGGAAGGAAUCAAUAAGAUUAUUGCAAAUGAUGUCAGCUCAGUAGCUGUGGAGAAUAUCAAGAAAAAUAUUGAUAGUAAUGGUGUCACAGACUUUGUCUCUGCUAGUUUAAAUGAUGCAACGACACUUAUGUAUGCUCAUAAAAAUGAUAGAUUUGAUGUGAUUGACUUGGAUCCUUAUGGCAGUCCAACAAUAUUUCUUGACAGUGCUGUUCAGGCAAUUAAAGAUGGUGGAUUAUUACUUGUAACUGCCACAGACAUGGCAGUUCUCGCCGGUAAUACGCCCGAAACUUGUUACGUUAAGUAUGGAGCGGUUUCACUGCGGACUCAGUCUUGUCAUGAGAUGGCAUUACGUAUUCUUCUGCAAACUAUCGAAAGUUUUGCAAACCGGUAUGGACGCUACAUAGUGCCCCAGUUAUCCAUAUCAGCCGAUUUUUAUAUUCGUGUCUUCGUAAGGGUGUACACUGGUGCUUACAAGUGUAAAUUCACGACGAGUAAACUAGCCAUGGUUCACUGCUGCACCGGAUGCGAUAGUUUCAAUUUGCAACCGUUGGGUAAGAUUAAAACUAACGAAAAAAACGGUUUACCCAAGUUUUCGUUGCCAACCACUAUCCCAUCUGUGGGGAGCGUAUGCGAACAUUGCCAGCAUCCAUAUCAUAUGGGUGGUCCGAUCUGGGCGGCACCUAUACAUAAUCCCGAGUUUGUGUGGCAAAUAUACCAACACACCUCUGAUAAACUACGUACCUAUAAGCGCAUUGAAGGAAUGCUCAAUGUGGUCCUUGAAGAGCUUCACGAUACGCCGCUUCAUUAUAAUCUGGAUCGUUUGACUGGUGUCCUGCACGCUGAGACGCCUCCGAUUAUGGUUGUACGUUCGGCUCUUUUAAAUGCCGGUUAUCGAGUGUCAUAUACUCACACCAAGAAAACCUCGAUUAAAACGAACGCACCUGCAAAGGUGCUGUGGGAUAUCAUGAGGCAAUGGAUCAAGACACAUCCGGUGUCACAGAAGUGGUUGGACCAAGACAAAGUCACCGCCAAUAUUCUUGCGCAGGUCUGCGAGACUGAAUACUCGUUUAAAAUGCAUCCCGAUGCCGAACCGAACUCGCGCCGUCAGGGGUACACGCGUUUUCAACAGAACCCCACCGCAUUUUGGGGUCCCGGUUGUAGAGCUACUGCGAUGGUUGGCGACCAAGGGUUAGCUAAGAGUAAAAGAAAUCAGGGCAAGAGGAAGCGCAAGGUAUCUACUAAGAGCGAGGAGUCAUCGACCGGCAAUCCCGGCGCUGACUAAGAUUUUUUAUUACUUUAUUACUAAGUAUUUAAAUUUUAUAUCUAGCCAUGUUCAGAUUCUAAUAUUUCUAUUGUUACUAUAAAUUGGAAAGACCUUUGUCUGCGUUCCAGGACUAGAAAUUACAAUCCUUGAAUUUCGCCGUGGACUGAGACUAUUUUGAUGACUAAGUAUUUAAGUUUUAUAUUUACUUGUGUUCAAAUUGUAAUAUUGCUAUUGUUACUGUAAAAUGGGAAGUGCCUUGCCUGCCUUCUUGAUCUGGGAGUUGCAAACCUAGGAUUGUGGCACUCCUGAAAGGCAUGGUUAGAAAUUUUGUUCGUUUUAUAAUUACGUACCGAAUCGAAUAAAAAAUAUUCUUGAUGUUAA